AUGACCUCGAAAGACUCCUCGCUAUACGGCAUUCAGCGGCCCAAACAGGGCGCCAGCAAAAAAGACACCACUUCAUCCUCCACGCUAGCAUUUACAUCGCAUCUCUCAUCACUUAUAUCGAAGGACGCCGCUUCUGCCACACCUUCCUCUUCCUCCUCAUCAAAAACCAAAUCAGAUGGCGGCAGCUACACAUUUGCGCGUGGCCGCGCACGUCCUUCAAAAAGCGCGAAACCAGAUCUCUUCUCCAUCCAUAACAAAGGCGCUCUCAAACGUGCCGCGAAAGACGAAGCAGCUGGUGAAGACGAGAAUAUUGGCGCGGUCGAUGCGAUUACGCUACAAAGAUCUAAAAGACGUAUGGAAGAGAAGGCGGAUCUAUACGAGAAUUUGAGAAAAGGGCACCAUCUCGUUGAUGGGAGUAGUAGUGAGAACGAUGAUGGUGGAGAUGAUUAUAUGUCUCGAUUGAGACGGAAGGAGAGGAAUGCUCUUGUCGAUUUUGAUCGGAAAUGGGUGGAAGACGAGGAGAAGAAGGAGGAGGCGAGAGAUGACGACGAGGAAGAUGAUGAUGAAAAUGACGACGGAAUUGGUACCUUGGUUGAUUACGAAGAUGAGUUUGGUCGUACACGGCGCGGAACAAGAGCAGAAGCCGCACAUGCCGCGCGUCUCAGACGACAGGCUCAAGGAGGAACUACUACAACAGUCGAUGAAGAAGAUCGCUCCAGACCUUCGCGACCGUCGAACUUGAUUUAUGGCGAAACUAUACAAGCACAUGCCUUCAAUCCGGAUGCGGUGGUAGCAUCGCAAAUGGCUUAUUUAGCCUCUAAAAGAGAUAGAUCCGCCACUCCGCCUGAAAGUCUGCACUACGACGCAGAAGCUGAAGUGCGGACGCGCGGAACAGGGUUUUAUAAGUUCUCGAAAGAUGCGAAGGAGAGAGAGAAGGAGAUGCAUGAUUUGCUUAGUGUUCGUCGAGAGACAGAAAAGGAGAGAGAAGAGCGUCGAAGGCGGAAGGCUGAACGGGAUCGGGUAAAGGAAGAGAGGAGAGCGAAGAUAAGGGAGUUGAGGGGGAAGCGUCAGGCAGAGAAGUUUUUGGAUGGGUUGGGGGUCCCUGUAUAGACCUGCGAGUGUUAAUGUGUUUACAAUCAUGAUUGCGGCUAUACUUGCAUAGAUACCCAUGGAAAUGAAACGU